AUGACAACACAUUCCAUCAGCACAUCCUCGAACUGGCACAUCUGCUUGUCACAACUCAUUCUUCCAAUUCAAGGAAUAACAUAUGAGCAACAAAGGGGAGUCCCUAUGGGCAGCCCCAUUGCAGGAGACCUCUGUAAAAUAGUAAUGAGGAAACUUGAGGCAGAAUUUCUCCCAAAAUACCUCUCCAACAUCCUAAUAUAUAAGCGAUACAUUGAUGAUAUACUAAUCUUAUGGAAAGACAAUAAGAACAUUAAGGCGCUGGUCGAGGAUAUCAAUAACAACCUGUAUGGCUUAACUAUAGAAAUAGACCAGGCACAUCCUACAGAGGCACACUUCCUGGACAUUAACAUGAUGAUCGAAAGUGCAACCAUCCACACAGCUGUUUACCGCAAACAAACCUCAGAUAGUUUAUACAUACCAGCAGGGUCAUGUGACCCUCCUCAAUACAAGGUCGCCGCAUUCAAAGCCUUGAUCAGGAGGGCACACAUGCACUCCUGGUCUGAAAUGAAAUGCGUAGAGAAUAUAGCUGAACAGUACGGAUACCACGGGCUCAUAUACAAACUAAAUGCAAAAAUGCAGCAGGAAGCAAGCCGUCACCAACUCUCCGACGAUACUCCUAGUAGCAACAUCCCUAUCACAUACAAUCCAGUACUUAAAUCCUUAUACAAGAAGAUAGCUAAGAAAAAGAAUAUCUGUAUUACAUUUAGAAGAUGUGCUACGAUUUUUGAUUUGUUAAGGAAUGGAAAGGACACCCCUGACCGAAAUAAGCUCCCUGGCAUCUACACCAUCCUGGUCAUUGAUCACAGGUGUGAUAGAAACAUGAUCUACAUAGGAUCAACUAAACGGCCCCUAAUAACCCGGAUCUGUGUUGGUUCUUUCAUGGUUUCAGCAACAACACAACCUAAUAUACUCGUCGGACUCUGA